AUAGAAAAUAAACAUUAAAAAAAAACACUUGCUCACAUGUGCGGCUUUGGGUUAAAGUUAUUAAAAAAGCUUUAAAAAUUAUAAAUGCAACUGCAUCUAAUUAUAAGCUUAAAAUGUGAAAUAUUAAGUAACAGAAUGUGGGGCAUUUCCUAAAGAAAAGAAAAUCAAAAUAAAACCACAAAUAAAGGUUUAUUUUACCUUUAAAUUUAAAUUGAAUGUGCGCCAAAUGGAUUUAUCAACUCAUCGGAAAUUGUGAAUAAAAAGCAAUUAUUUGGUACUCAACAACAGCCACUUCAGGGAGUUGUUGUUGACGUGGUGAAAGUCGCACAGCUUUAGAAUGAAAUGGAGAUGCAAAGCUACUCUGGUCUUGGACCAACAACAGCAGCUACAGCAGCAUCAGCAUCAGCAACAGCAGCAACUGCAAUUGACACGGCAGCAGCAUUCACAAAGCGACACUUCAAUUGCCGCCUGGAAGAGGCGACUCGGCCUGAGGUCUGGCAGCCGCUUAUUAGCUGCGAAAGCAGCAACGGCAAUGGCAACACCUCCAGCAUCCUGCCCGCCAGCGACAUCCUGCCUGCCAGCAGCAACAGCAUCAUCAUCAGUGGCAGCAACAACACAUUCCACUGUGCUCUGCAAACAUUCGAUGAGACGGGGCAGACGGCAUCCUAUGGAUGCGAUGGGGAGAGUCCUUUGUCUGAAGCCUGCUCGCUGAGGCUGAAGGCGCGACUGUUGCGACUGCCACACGAGGCGUAUGCGCAAUUUCGACUGGCAAUCAACGAGGCCCUCAGUGAUAAUGCGAGUGAUACACUUAGUGAUAGUUCGAGCUGCGGCAGCACAGGAGGAAGAGAGGAAAGUGAGCUGCACUGUGAGCUGGGAGCGGGUGCAGAGGAGGAACCCUUUCCCUGCCACUUGCAGCCACCACUCCUCCGAAUCCAGGCAGAGCCGGGGGACGACUCUGCCUCGAACAGCAGCCAGCUUGAGGCCUAUCAAAUCGAACUGGGCAGCUUACAAGAUGGCCUCUGGUCCUUCCUCAACCUCACCGAUCUAAUGGAUCCCGGCAACGACACCUUCGCCAUGGGAAAUGCCACAAGCACCAGCCUGGACAUGAUUCUGUCCAACUACACGGCACUGACCACCACAGCAGUGGCCCCCACCGCAGUCACAUCGAGCGAUAUGGGGGUUACCAGGAGCUUUUUGGACUACAGUCCCCACGGCUACGAUUGGCUCUUCCUGUUUGUGGUCUUCUUCAUCUUUGCCGGCGGCCUGGGCAACAUCCUCGUGUGCCUGGCAGUGGCUCUGGAUCGAAAGCUGCAGAAUGUCACCAACUACUUCCUCUUCUCGCUGGCCAUAGCCGAUCUGCUGGUCAGUCUGUUCGUGAUGCCCAUGGGUGCCAUACCAGCUUUCUUGGGAUAUUGGCCGCUUGGUUUUACCUGGUGCAACAUUUACGUCACUUGCGACGUAUUGGCCUGUUCGUCGAGCAUCCUGCACAUGUGUUUCAUCAGCCUGGGCCGCUACCUAGGGAUACGGAAUCCUUUGGGCUCUCGACAUCGAUCCACAAAGCGGUUGGCCGGCAUCAAGAUAGCCAUUGUCUGGGUGAUGGCCAUGAUGGUUUCCAGCUCGAUAACCGUUUUGGGUCUGGUCAACGAAAAGAACAUUAUGCCCGAGCCCAAUGUCUGUGUCAUUAACAAUCGAGCCUUCUUCGUGUUUGGUUCCCUUGUGGCCUUCUACAUCCCCAUGUUGAUGAUGGUCACCACCUAUGCCCUGACCAUUCCACUGCUCCGAAAGAAGGCAAGGUUUGCGGCCGAGCAUCCGGAGAGCGAGCUGUUCCGCAGGCUUGGUGGACGCUUCACUAUAAGGCCGCAGCAUAGCCAGCAACAGUUGCAAAUGCACAGCAGCUUCUCCAGCGGCAAUUCUAAAUUUCUGCCAAUGAGCGACAGUAAUCGCAAUUUCAACAAUGCCGGAAAUGCACUGGAUGGUGCAGCUGGAGGAGCACCUGGUGUUGGGAUCAGGGGUGGUGGCAUGGAGGCGGCCGAACGUCCUUUAAUGCAACAGCGAACGACGAGCAAUAGGAGCAUCGGCAGUGUCAGCUUCCGUCACGUGGCCAAUGGCAGUGGCGGAAGAGGUGGCACCAGGGGCUCAGCGACUGCUCGCAGCAGCUUCCGGUUCACCGGCGGAGGGAUCCUCCGGCACUCGUCCUCACCAGCCUCCAGUAGCCACUCCACCGGGAAGGCGCAGUCCAGCAGCUUCUGGCGGAAGCAUGGCGGCAACCCCAACCUAAUGGACAGCCAUCCAAACCGACGGGCCUCUGUGCGUGUUAGCAUCUCUCAGCCACAAUUGGGUUACCCGACAAAUGGUAACGGGGGUGGAAGUGGAUCUGGGCCUGGAGGAGGAGGAGGUGGCAAUGGUACAGCUGCUGCUGCGACAGCGAGCUGCACAACUCCUGGGGGCAAUGGCUCCGGAAUGAUGAACAUUGCCACCAUUCAGGGACAGGGCUUGGGUCUCAACCAGAGUCAGAGGGCUGGGAGCAAUCAUCAGCUGGAGCAGGUGAGGCCUACGGCCUCGAAACCUGAUGAACGGCAGCGCCACAAAAUGCGGCCCUUUAAAUUUGCUUUAAACCGCGUGGCAACGCCCACGCUCAAUUUGCGUUUCCUAAACAAUCGCAGCAAGAGAAACAGUCUGUCGGCCAAUGCGGUGGCCACCGAGCAGAAGGCCACCAAAGUGCUCGGCCUGGUGUUCUUCACCUUCGUGCUCUGCUGGUCGCCGUUCUUCAUCCUGAACAUCAUCUUCGCCGCAUGCCCGGAGUGCCAGGUGCCGGAGCACGUGGUGAACACCUGUCUCUGGCUGGGCUACGUAUCCUCAACGAUCAAUCCCAUCAUCUACACCAUCUUCAAUCGCACAUUCCGGGCGGCCUUCAUCCGCCUGCUGAAGUGCAACUGCGAACGCUCUGGCCGCCCGCUGCGUUUCCGUUCCGUGACGGAAGGACGAAGUGCCCUGAGCCUGUGCGCCCCCUCGGCCCUGCCACUGGCCAUAUCCUUCCAGGGAGCGCCUCUCAUGACGCCAUCGACGACGAAUGCUACGCCACUGAGCGAGUUCCGCGGCGGCUACACAAUCACCGACGACGAAUGCUGAGCCACCAUGGGCCGCAUCCUUCUCUUCUGAAUAAAAUACGAAUUUAUACCGAGUAAUGAGCGAAUCUAACGGAGUCAACUGUACUUACCGAUUAGCCGAUAAGCAUACAAAUUACAGGGUGAUUCACCAAACCAAAACCUAAUCACAAUCAAAUGGACGACUUUUGUAGCAACUACUUAUAAAGCGGAACACAAAACUUAAAUCUCAUCCAUAUCAUUCGUAUGCCAAUGGGGGGAGAGCACCAAAAAGAAGGAUAGAGUGAGGAGUGAAGUGACUGUACCUGCGUUUCAUUUCCACAUUUCCAGCAUUAUUUAGCUUUAGUCAUUGCUGUAUUUUAGAGCUAAGCAAAUAUGUAUAUGUGGAAGCGAAGUAAAAAAACAUAAUUAGAUUUAAAGAAGCAUUGAAAUUACCCAUAGUAGCUGUGUUUAGUAGUCGUUAGCAAGCUAAGACCCUCAACCGAAUUGUAAUUCUACUAUUAAGAAAUUUAAUUUCCCACACAUCCACCCUCGAUGCCUAUUCCAAAUGUCCUUGCAGCCUUGCUGUUCCUUUAGUUCUUCCUGUGCGUAGGUGUCUGUCUGUAGUAGGCAAGCUAACU